AUGGACAAAGUUCGCUUCAAGCCAGGUUCAACAAGUCCCAGCCCAAACGGGCGCGAAACCAAUCAUAGGUUUGGGAGGUUCCUGACUUGUCGAAGCCCAGCCAGUUCAUACCGCGAUUCCCAGUACUGUGGUAUGAUGGGCAGCGCUGCAUUAGCCAAGGUACCAAGACAUUUCCGUACUCAAGGUGCUACGGAGUACGUGGUACCCGUGGAAGCAUUCCCGCGGGCAGAUCUGGUCCAAGCCUCGCAAGUCAAACGCUUACCCAUGAUGAUUUUCAAAUUUACCUUCAAGUGUUUCGAUGAUCGGUACUCGAAAGGUUGA